UUGCAAUCUUUGUUUCUCUCUCUUCCCAGGCCUCUCUCUCUAUCUCUCACACCAAAAAUAUCUAUGAAAAAUACAUUUGCAAUCCCAAACCAUAGAGCAUCGAGCGAGCGAAUCCCAUAAAAACAAGCACAGUAGCAUCAUCAUCAUCAACAAAGGGAUGAACCUUUCCUUGGUGUUCUUGUUCUUGUUCUUCUCACUAUUCCAUCUCUCUCACUUUUCCCUUAAACACCCCCGAGCAAUAAGUUAGAAGAUAGAACCCUAGAGUGAGACGACAGCAUAGUAAAUCUAUCAGGAACAGACACUCUGCUUCUCACACUCUUCACUUGACUCCCAUUCGCAAACCCUAACGCCCAAAGCAGAAGGUUGAAGUUUCACAAUCGAUUGAUUCGAAGGUGAAAUUGGGGAAGAAGAUAACAUGGCGUACGGUGGUGCGGGUCCCGUGGGUGGUUCGGGUUCGGCAUCGACAAUUAAGCAAGUGAAAUUGGAGAGAGAAAGCGAACUGAGAAUAGAAGUCGGUAACGAUGCACCUCUUCGCCUUCGACUCCUGAACGGCACUGCUGAGAUUUUCGGCACCGAGCUUCCCCCUGAAAUCUGGCUCAAUUUCCCUCCCAGGCUCAAGUUUGCUGUGUUUACUUGGUAUGGUGCAACCAUUGAAAUGGAUGGCACUACUGAAACGGAUUAUACUGCAGAUGAGACUCCAAUGGUUAGUUAUGUAAAUGUGCAUGCGGUGCUUGAUGGAAGAAGAAGUCGUGCUAAAGCUUCACCACCAGAUGAUUCUGAAUCUUCUCAGGGCCCUAGGGUCAUUGUUGUGGGACCUACUGAUUCUGGAAAGAGUACCUUGUCGAGGAUGCUUCUUAGUUGGGCAGCUAAACAAGGUUGGAAGCCUACCUUUGUUGACUUGGAUAUUGGCCAAGGGUCUAUAACAAUUCCUGGAUGCAUUGCCGCCACUCCAAUUGAAAUGCCAAUCGAUCCUGUGGAAGGCAUUCCUCUUGAAAUGCCUCUUGUUUACUUUUAUGGGCACGCGACUCCAAGUAACAAUGUAGAAUUGUAUAAAGUGCUUGUCAAAGAGCUUGCGGGGAUGAUUGAGAGACAAUUUACUGGAAAUGCUGAAUCUCGAGCUUCAGGCAUGGUGAUAAAUACUAUGGGAUGGAUAGAGGGAGUAGGCUAUGAUUUGCUCUUGCAUGCAAUUCGUACAUUCAAGGCCAAUGUUGUCUUGGUUUUGGGUCAGGAAAAACUGUGCAGCAUGCUCAAAGAUGUGCUGAAGAGUGAACCCAAAGUAGACGUCGUGAAACUUCAGAGGUCUGGUGGAGUUGUAUCUAGGAAUGCUAAAGUCCGUCAGAAGGCCAGGAGUUAUAGGAUAAGGGAAUACUUCUAUGGCCUCUCAAAUGAUCUUUCUCCACAUUCUAAUAUUGCAAAUUUUAGUGAUUUGUUUGUUUAUCGAGUUGGUGGUGGGCCACAAGCCCCGCGCUCAGCCUUGCCAAUUGGAGCAGAACCUGCUGCAGAUCCAACAAGAGUCGUACCUGUAAAUAUAAAUCGUGAUUUGCUCCAUUUAGUCCUUGCUGUCUCAUUUGCCAAGGAACCUGAUGAGAUCAUUUCCAGCAAUGUUGCUGGGUUUAUUUAUGUAACAGACAUUGACAUUCAGAGAAAGAAGGUAACAUACCUUGCUCCGUCUGCUGGAGAACUUCCAAGCAAGUAUUUGAUAAUGGGAUCCUUAACAUGUAGAGCAGCGUUUAUCCAAUCCACUUAUCAAUCUGAGAUUCCAUUUUCUCCUUUGUUCCCAAUGGAAAUGGAUUCCCUUCCCAACGGCAACAACCCCACCGGAACCCCGAUCGCCGCCACCGCCGCCGCAAACCCCGCGCCGCCUCCUUCGAACAACCUCCCCCAACUGACGGAGUCUCUCAAGCUGGAGCACCAGUUCCUUAGGGUCCCUUUCGAGCACUACAAGAAAACCCUCCGGGCCAACCACCGCGCCGUCGAGAAGGAGAUGUCCGCCGUCAUCUCCGGCGUCUCCGAAGCUGCCUCCGCCGACCUCUCCCCCGAUGCCGCCGUCAACCACCUCAACUCCCUCGUCUCCCGCCUCCAAGGCCUCAAGCGAAAGUUGGAGGAAGGAAGUCGGGCAGAGCAUUUGCAAGCACAGAAGUGUCGAGUGCGUCUAGAUCACUUAGAAUCUGCAGAUGCAGAAAAUAUGUCGGAAUGGAAUAACACUCGCUUGAAGCGGAUUCUUGUUGAUUACAUGUUGAGGAUGUCAUACUAUGACACUGCAGUGAAACUUGCCGAAAGCACCAACUUGCAGGACCUUGUUGAUAUUGAUGUAUUCCAAGAAGCGAAAAAGGUUAUCGAUGCUUUGCAAAAUAAGGAUGUUGCACCUGCUCUAGCAUGGUGUGCUGAUAACAAAUCAAGGCUGAAGAAGUCUAAGAGCAAAUUGGAGUUCCAGUUGAGACUUCAAGAGUUCAUAGAAUUAGUAAGAGCUGAGAACAAUUUGAGAGCUAUCACAUAUGCUAGGAAAUAUCUUGCGCCAUGGGGAGCCACCCACAUGAAAGAAUUGCAGCGAGUCAUUGCAACACUAGCUUUCAAAAGGGAUACUGAAUGUGCUACAUACAAGGUUUUGUUUGAAGCUAAGCAAUGGGAUUAUCUAGUGGACCAAUUCAAACAGGAGUUCUGCAAGUUAUAUGGCAUGACUUUAGAACCCUUGCUCAACAUCUAUCUGCAAGCUGGCCUUUCUGCUCUCAAGACACCAUAUUGUUACGAGGAUGAUUGCACAAAAGAGGACCCUCUGUCACAGGAGGCUUUCCGCACACUAGCCUUACCAUUACCAUAUUCAAAGCAGCAUCACUCAAAGCUUGUAUGCUAUAUAACUAAGGAGUUGAUGGACACUGAGAACCCACCGCAAGUCUUGCCCAAUGGAUAUGUUUAUAGCACUAAGGCUCUUGAAGAAAUGGCAAAGAAGAAUAAUGGUAGAAUCAUCUGUCCGAGGACGGGUUUAGUUUGCAGCUACACAGAUCUGGUCAAAGCAUACAUUUCAUAAACAUACAUACUUAAAAAAGCUUGAUUGAUGAUUAAAAAUGUCAAUCUUACCUUUACUUCAAGCUACCAUGGCUGUCAAAUUGUAAUGUUUUGGGAAAUUAUUCUCAUGGCUUCCCAUUAUUACGUCCAUUCUUUUACCUGUGUUCCGGUGUUGACUUAAACUUGUACAUAUGUAAGAUGUUUCAAAGUGUCACUGGGAAAUGACGUAAACAUGUGCAUACAUUGAUUUGUAUUUUUCUUUGUAGUGAACUUCUCCGUCGUGCAGCCAUGGUUUGAACUUGGGGGUUUAGUCAUUGGAAAUGAAAAUGACGAGUAUGUUGACGUUGA